AGAAACCCUGAGGUUAUCAUGGCGGCAGCGGUUGUGAGGAGCAUCGGCUCUAACCUUGCGAAAAACCUUCGAGAGGUUCGCCUACACCUGUGUCAGACCUCAGCCUCAAGCCAAGGGGCCAGGGACUUUGUGGAGCACCACUAUGUAUCUUUGAAGAAAGCUAACCCAGACUUCCCGAUUUUGAUAAGAGAGUGCUCUGGAGUGCAACCCAAACUGUGGGCACGAUACGAUUUUGGCAAAGAGCAAAGCGUGGGUCUUGAAAACAUGAAUGCUGACCAAGUGGCCAAGGCACUGGAAACUCUCGCCAAUGCCAAGUGAGAACUCGCACCGUGUGGUCGGCAGUAAUGCUUCGUUUUAUGAAGACUUUGGGAUGGGGACUCGGACGUCUAAGGCUUUUGAACUGAAUUCUGUAAUGCAUUCUGUAAUUGCAGUCUGUACUUGCUGUAAUCUAUAAUAAACCAGCCAG